GGAGAAUGGGGUAAAUACAGAAAUAAGGUGCAACAGAGGAAUUAGGAUCCAAGGGAAGUGAACAUAGAAUCCAGAGAGCGAGCCUCAAAACACCAAGCAGAAUCUUAACUUCAGAUGGUGAUUUAGAUUAGCCAUAAGUCAUCCGAACUUCUGCUGAUGAAGGUUUUACCAGCGUUCUUCCCAGCGUCCCUUCGAAACUUCCCAUCAAAAAUACAACCGACACCAACCCAGAACCAAUGACUACGAGUUCGUCAACCCCAAGACAAACAACGACACCGAAUCAAAAGCCUACUGAAAACCCAUAUCAUAGCCUAACCUGCAAGCCAAAAGAAAUAAAAAAAACAAAAAAAAAAAGAUGGGCCACCCCGCCGGCAAAAUCCUCACCCUCGCCGCGCUGCACGCCGUCCUGGCCGCGCUCCUACUCCUCCUCGUUGCCACCGUCACCGGUGGCUUCCACCCCAACCACCACCACCACCACCAGGACCGACUCGCUCCAGUGCCGCCCCAACUUCCUCGCACUGCGGGUCAGCAACUCACAACAGAUGAUGGCGUUUCGCUGGCCAUCUUGAUGUUGGCAUACACCCACGCGUGGUGUGCUACGGUUGGUUUCGGCUGGUGGUAUGUGUCCCAGUGGUGUGCGGGCGUGCACACAACCAGGCUAUGGGAGGCCGGUGAGACGCUCUUGUUCCAUGCUCUUUCGUUGGGCAUGAUGCUGGGCUUGGGAGGGGAGAUGGUUUUUGUUGGGGCCAAGGCCUUGUCCCUUUAUGCGGUGAGCGGUUCUUCUUCGGGCUAUGGUAGCAAUGGUUGGGCUGUGGACGGAGUUUUGCGCCUUGUCGUGAUGGCCGUGGUCGGUGGUCCGCUUUCUGUGCUGUUUGUCGUCUUCUUGCCUCGGACGUGGUGGUAUCUGCGGCCGGUCGCUCGGGUUUUAAGGUGGGAGCUGCCUGACCUGGAGUUCUACAUGCGCCUCAAGGAUGACGUAGGUUUGAAGGAACACACCGUCAACAUGGACAUGGUCAUGACCUGCAGGGAGCAAGUUGAGAAGGCUGCACGCAAGAACCCCUCGCUGAUUGAGAACCCUUUUCUACAUGGAAGAGGUAGGAGUUAG